AUGCGUUUUGCUCCCAAGCUCUCUGUUGCCCUUCUGGGUGCCUUGGCUGUGGCCAGCGAGGCUACCCACGGCCACCGUGCCCAUGACAACCUCUUCCACCGCAGGGCUGUCAGGCCUGGCGGCAGUGGCAGUGAGACCACGACAACCCCGGCUACGACGGACUAUGUGACCGUCUUCCCAACCCCUGAGGCUUCAACUGAGACUGCGCCUGUUCCAGAGGCCGAGACUUCCGUCUCUUCUGCUUCUGAGGAGACUCCGGUUCCUUCGGCUCCUGCUGAGACUCCUGUUGUCUCUGUGCCCGAGACCCCUUCUGCUGUUACUCCGGUUCCUGAGGAGACUUCUGCUGUUCCUGUCCCCGAGUCUUCUGCGCCUGUUGUUCCUGCGCCUGAGACCCCGUCUGCUGUCACGCCUGUCCCUCAGCAGACCUCCGCUGUUCCUGUUCCCGAGUCCCCCUCUGCACCCGUUGUUCCUGUGCCAGAGACCCCGUCUGCUCCUGUUGUCCCUGCGCCUGAGACUCCUUCCGCACCUGUUUCCGUACCCAGCUCUGGCGUCAUCCCCCAGUCUAGCAGCAGCAUUCCCCUGAUCCGCCCAAGCUCUAGCAGCGCUGUCGUGACCCCAACCCCAACCCCAGCUCCCGUUGAAGAGUGUGUUACUCUCACUUACACCUUGACCGGAAGCACCACCGUCAGUGUUGUUACGACCACCGUCACUCGCCCAGUGGCUACUGCCACUCCCACUUCUACCGAGGACUGCGUGACCAUCACCUACACCUUGACCGGAAGCACCAUCACCAGUGUUGUGACCACCACCAUCGACCGCCCUACGGCUACCAGCACUGCCUACGUUACUGGUGCUCCUUCUACCGAGACCGUGACUGUCACCUACACUGAGAACGGCAGUGCCUCCACCACUGUUGUCACAGCCACCGCCCAGCCCCCUGUCAGCACCGAAGUUGUUACGGUCACCAUCACGGAGAACGGAUCUACUUCGACGAGCGUUGUGACUGCCACGGGCACUGGUACUACCCAGGUCCCAGCAACCACUGGCGCUGCCUCCGAUUAUGAGACCAUUACUUACACCACGACUGAGGGUACUGUGACCAGUGUCGUCACGACCACCAUCCACAAGACAUCCACUCGCACUCAGACUGUCUACGCCACUCCCACAGGUGCAGACGCUGUUGGCUCUGGGGCUGACACUACCAUGACCUCCACUACUACCGCAGUCUACACUGUCACCCCUGUUGCCUCUGAGACCGCCGGCUCUGGCUCCGGCUCCGGCUCCGGUUCUGGUUCUGGCUCCGGCUCCGACUCUAGCUCUGGAGGCUCCGACUCUGAGACCUGCGCUCCGGAAACCGUUACCGUUACCGAAUCCUUCACCGUCACCGUGACUGCGAACCCCACCGCUGCUGCUACCUACACCUCGCCCGACACCAAUCUCCAGAUCUCCAGUAUCUCCAGCGCAAGCCCUGAACAAACUUCUUCGCCUGGAUCCGGCUCCAGCGGCUCUAGCGAUGACGAUGACGAGGAUGAGGACGACGAGGACUGCGACGAGUACGACGAGGAUGAGGAAGAGGAGAGCACCGCUUCCCCUAGCAUCAUUCCUUCUUCCACUCCUUCGCCUUUUCCCCGCCCUCCAUUCGGCAGCGCCUCCCCUACCCCGAGCCCUAAGCCCUCUGGUUUCGUAACCGCCAGCCGUCAGCCCUACCCCACCCACUGGCGCCGCCGCAACGUCUAA